AUGGGCCUGUACGACGUGCCGGCGAGCGUGAUCGCGCUGCUGUCGCUGUGCUACGGCUCCAUCUCGGUGCUGGCGGUGGCCGGCAACGCGCUCGUCAUGUGGAUCGUCGCCACCAGCCGGCGCAUGCAGAACGUCACCAACUGCUUCAUCGCCAACCUGGCGCUCGCCGACAUCGUCAUCGGCCUCUUCGCCAUCCCCUUCCAGUUCCAGGCGGCGCUGCUGCAGCGCUGGAACCUUCCGCACUUCAUGUGCGCCUUCUGCCCCUUCGUGCAAGUGCUGAGCGUGAACGUGAGCAUCUUCACGCUCACCGCCAUCGCAGUGGACCGCCACCGCGCUAUCCUCAACCCGCUCAGCGCCGCCGUCCAAGCUGCGCGCCAAGCUGUGCAUCCCGCCAUCUGGGGCGUGGCGGGCGCCCUCGCCGCGCCCAUCGUCGUCGUGCAGCGCGUCGAGUUCGUCGAGGAGUUCCGCGGCGGGCGCUGCACCACCAAGCCGUUCUGCACCAUCGUGGGGAUGAGCCCACGCCAGAUGGGGCUGUACCGCCUGGUGCUGUUCCUCAUCCAGUACGUGACGCCGCUGUGCGUCAUCAGUUACGUGUACGCGCGCAUGGCGCUGCGCCUGUGGGGGUCGCGCGCGCCGGGCAACGCGCAGGGCAGCCGCGACGCCGCGCUCAUGCGCAACAAGAAGCGGGUGAUAAAGAUGUUGGUGAUAGUUGUGGCCAUGUUUGCGUUCUGCUGGUUGCCCCUCCAGACGUACAACGUGCUGCAGAACGUCCUCCCGUCCAUCAACGAAUACCGCUAUAUCAACAUCAUCUGGUUUUGUUGCGACUGGCUGGCCAUGUCGAACAGUUGCUGUAAUCCUUUCAUCUACGGGAUCUACAAUCAAAAUCUAAUCUUACUGGGGAGGAACAAAAGCUUACGGAAAUGGAAUAUUCUGAAAGGGGCUAAAGGAAAUGAAAGAUGUAUAUGCUUACAUUUACAUAAAAUAAUUUUUAUACAAACGUAUUUUGAUGUAAGUGGAGUGAUAUUUUUCUGUAAAAAAUCUGACUUGAAAGCCAAACAAUUUGUGAAUAUUGUCACCGGUGCACUGGUCACUGGUGCAGGACUAAAAUUUAUACACGAUUUUACCAUUGUUACUCUUUGCCCCAACGUGAAUAAAUAUCAAGUAACAUCUUUCCGACUUAGCAGUGUAAAAAGAAAAAAUGUUUAA